AUGGCAGGUGGAGAAGUCCCGGGUGCAAGAGACCUCGAGCAGACACCGACAUGGGCAGUAUCUGCAGUUUGCGCAGCCAUGAUUGUGAUCUCUAUUAUAUUGGAGAAGUUUCUUCAUAAUACUGGACAGUGGUUUAAAAAAAAACACAACACUGCCUUGUUUGAUGCUCUUGAGAAAGUUAAAACCGAGCUUAUGGUUUUAGGAUUCAUAUCUCUAACCCUGACAUUCAGUCAGAGUUAUAUUGUCGGUAUCUGUGUUCCUCUAAAGUAUGCAAAUACAAUGUUGCCAUGCGCCCAGGACAGUCCUAAAGAACCUGUCGGCGGUGAAGAGGAGCAUCGCCGCAGGCUUUUAUGGUAUCACCGUAGGUUUUUAGCUGGUGAUAGUGCAAGCAAAGAGUGCCAACCUGGGUAUGUGCAACCUAUAUCUGUCGAAGGAAUGCAUCAGUUGCACAUCUUCAUAUUCUUUUUAGCAGUAUUUCAUGUGGUAUACAGUGCCAUAACGAUGAUGCUUGGAAGAUUGAAGUUUGAUUUGCCAUUAGUUGAUGCAAGAGGCAUGCUGAGAAUGAGAUCUUCAGAACAAAUGCUGUCUCUGAAAAAUACGCAAUUGGAAGGAAUGGGAACGGGAGAGUUGGUUGGAGCACGAGGCCAUGAAUGUGAUGAGGAGGUUCCUGCUAAUUUUACAGAUCCUGCAAGAUUCAGGCUCACUCAUGAGACAUCAUUCGUAUGCUUCUUUCGACAAUUCUUCAGAUCUGUUCGAAAGUCUGAUUACUUGACCAUGCGACAUGGAUUCAUUUCUGUUCAUCUAGCCCCUGGAAGCAAGUUUAAUUUUCAAAAUUAUAUCAAAAAAACAUUGGAAGAUGAUUUCAAGGUAGUUGUUGGAAUAAGUCCACUGCUAUGGGCUUCGGCGAUUCUCAAUCUUCUUACCAACGUUCAUGGAUGGAAGGCUCAGUUCUGUGUUUCCUUUCUUCCUCUAUUUGUAACCUUGGCAGUCGGAACAAAACUUCAAGCAAUUAUAGCACAAAUGGCAAUUGAAAUUAAAGAAAGACAUGCUGUAGUUCAAGGAAUACCACUUGUUCAAGUGUCUGACAGAAAUUUCUGGUUUUCCUGGCCGGAGUUAGUCCUUUAUCUCAUCCACUUUGUCCUUUUUCAGUAUGAGUUCGGGAGCCAUUCUUGUUUGAAUCAAGAUUCAGUCCUCAUAAUCACCCGAGUUACUUUUGGAAUAGGAGCCCAAGUCCUGUGCAGCUAUGCCACACUUCCACUCUAUGCCCUAGUUACGCAGAUGGGGUCGACCAUGAAGCGCUCAAUCUUUGAUCAGCAAACUUCGAAGGCACUGAAGAACUGGCAUAAGAAAGCUGUAAAGAAAUCGGCUGAAGGGCCAUCGAACCAAAUCCCUACGAGGACAUUGGGUGGUAGUCCUGAUGACUCUUCAGUGCAUUCCCCAUCAUCCACUCCUCAUCGAACCAAGAAAUUAGGUAAUAAAGAUCCAGAUUUCAGUGACGUUGAAGCAGAGCUAGCGUCCCAUCAACACACAGCAAACAUCAUGGCAACUGUGGAUCUCAGUGAGAGCCAUCAGCGUCAACCAAGCGACAGCAACUACUCAUCUGGACAACGGGAUCUACUGACUGAUGGAUUGAAGUACUAUGAUGUUCUUGAGGGAAAGGGUCCAGUAGCAGGAAAAGGAAUGACAGUUCAGGUGCAUUUUGACUGUCUAUAUAGAGGAAUAACAGCGGUGUCGAGUAGAGAAUCUAAGCUUCUAGCUGGAAAUCGAAUAAUUGCACAGCCAUAUGAGUUCAAGGUUGGGACAACGCCAGGCAAAGAACGGAAGCGUGAAUUUGUGGACAACCCAAAUGGCCUAUUUUCUGCGCAGGCUGCACCGAAACCUCCUCCAGCUAUGUACUCGGUAACAGAAGGGAUGAAAGUGGGAGGGAAGAGGACUGUGAUUGUUCCUCCAGAGGCUGGUUAUGGACAAAAAGGAAUGAAUGAGAUUCCGGCAGGAAGUACAUUUGAGUUAAACAUUGAGCUUCUGCAAGUAAUGCCAGCUGAAGGAAAGUAG